AACGUCAAAGUGAAGUCUUCGAGUAUACCACUAUUAAGUGUGUCGAUAUUGUGAGUGAACAUAUUAUUGAAAGGUUAAAAGAAACGAAGGUUGAGUUUCAAGCUUAUCUGAAAAUGGUGUAUGAAAGCAAGGAAAGCCAAGAUGGUUUAACGAUGAUGAUUAGAAAUAUUGUGGAGAUGAUAACGGCGGAGGUUAUGAGAAACCUGAAGGUCAUGCGAAGAAAAGGUGUUAGCCAUAGGCCACGUUUAUGUUACGAAUGCAGGAAACCAGGAUACCUGGCCCGCAAUUGUCCAGUUCAAAAAUUUGGUAAAGGAAGUUUAGUGAAAAGCCUGAAAGGAUCAAGCAUUGGUGGUAUAGAUAAUGUUAUUGGAUGUGUUUCUUGCGCUGAUGUUGUUGUGUGUGGUGUUGGUGUAAAUCAGAUGUUUUAUAUCGUACGUGAGUUGACUUCGGAUGUAGUUCUUGGAAUGCUAAAAGCAUCAUUUGUAGUAAAUGAGGAUUGUGUGAUAGAGAAUAGUGAAGAUAAGAGAAGCGAUUUUAUGGAUAUUAGGUGUAUUAAAAGUGAAUCGAUGGAGAAUGAUGAUGUCGAUUAUGAUGAGAAAGAGAAAAGUGAAAUCGUUAACAUAAUGGACUCUGAUGAAUCGAAUCAAAUGGGUAAAAUGAAAGUUGAAACUUAUCUAAUGACUGCAGAUGGUAAAACGAACGAUUCUAGAAAUUGCUCUGAAAAUGAAAUGGAGAAGAAAAAGGAAAAGCUGACAGUAUUUAAUAAUUAUCGAAAAUCUGUUGAAAAUAAGCACGAAGCAUCUGAAUAG